UGGUAACCACCAUGGUAACGCUCAGCUGACCAAUCACAAUCGAGCAGGAAGUCCUCACAUUGAGCAGACAGGAGACCGUUCAUUGUGUAUACAUCUAUGCAGGAGACAGCGAUGAGUCAACGGGGAGGAUAACAUCUCAUUCCUUUCACUGUCAACAGAUGGAUAACAUGGAGACACCCCUGAGGGACGAACCCCAGACGGACUGGGUCUACUGCUGUGGAGCCGUCACAGAGGUCCUCAAGUUUGGCUCCUGUCAGUUACAGUCUGGACACAACAAGGUGCUUCUUCUCAUCAUCCCAGGUAACCCAGGUGUAGUGGGCUUCUACAGAACCUUCAUGCAAACACUUCACAGUAUGUUUGGAUACCGCCACCCAGUGUGGGCUGUGAGCCACGCUGGCCACUGUGCACCACCAGACUCCAUGGACAUGGUCGAAGACGCAUCCUCAGCAGAAGAGCGGGACGUGUUUGGUCUGAACGGGCAGAUUGAACACAAGCUGGCCUUCCUCAGGAGACAUGUCCCCAGAGAAACCAGUCUGGUGCUGGUGGGACACUCCAUCGGUUGCUACAUUAUUCUGGACAUGAUGAAGAGAGAUCCUGAACUCAAGGUCAUUAAGGCCAUCAUGCUGUUCCCCACCAUCGAGCGCAUGGCUCAGACUCCUCAGGGGAAGGUCAUGACCCCUGUGUUGUGUCACAUGCGCUACGUGGCCUACCUGCCUCUCUUCCUGCUCUCUCUGCUGCCUGAGGGACUCAAAGCCAGCCUGAUCAAACUGGUGUUAGGUGGCAUCCGCUCUCUGGACCACACCGUAGUCCAGCCCACUGUAGGUCUACUCAGUGGAGACUGUGCAGCCAAUGCCAUGUACAUGGGGGGUCAGGAGAUGAAGAAAGUUCUGGAAAGAGACAACGUAACCAUCGAGAAACAUCUUGAAAAGCUUCUGUUUUAUUACGGAGCGACGGACCACUGGUGCCCUGUGGAGUAUUAUCACGACAUCAAGCGGGACUUCCCUCACGGAGACUUCAGACUGUGUGAGAACGGGUUCCGCCACGCCUUCGUCCUGGAUACAGGAAGACAAGUUGCCAAAAUGGUGUUUGAAUGGAUCAGUGGAGGUUUGAGGACAUGACUUCACUCUGACAUGAGAACUGAUGAUGACACUGCAUCCGGGCCUUGGAGGACUUUUUAUCAGCACACGUCAUGGAACGGAGUGCUGAAGAAAUAUCAAAUAUGAAUUUAAAUAUAUUUUAUUGAUAGAAUGGCGUACUGUGGUUCCUAAUGUUGCUUUUUAUCUUCCAUGCCUUUUAUUUUUCAUUGAUUGACUUGUGUUAAUUGUACUUUGCUGUGAUGGAAAGUGAUGGGGAAAGUGCUGAACCGUUUAACCACAGGGCUCCAAGCACACUGAAAACACAAAGCAUCAGACAGGACUGAUAACAGAGCAAGUGAAGCUUAUCUACUGUAUGGUUCACAAACCAAGACUGAAAGAAAUAGUUUUAUUUAUAUACAUACUAAUAUAUUCAUUCCAAACUGGUUCUAGUUAUAGUAUAGUAGUAUAGUACUAGUAUAUAGUGAUUUGAUGAUGCACUGUAGUAACUUGGAUUUGAAACACAAACAGACUUUGUAAGAACUAAUCUGCUGAACAAGUGAUGACAAGAUAAGAGCUAAAAGACCUGGAGCAAGUCAUUAUUCAACUUUAAUGUUUCCACUCAGAAAGAACUUAAAAGCAUGAUAGAAAAGUGAUUAUACUAUACUGAGGUAAUACUACCACCUGUACCUUUAACAUGAUCAAUCUGGUUCUGUAGUGAAAACAUGAUCUGUAUGUUUUGAUGUAUAUAUAACGAUUAUUUAAGGGGAGACACUACUGGUCAAUUCUGAGAUUUUGGGCUAUUUUGCUUCUAUGACAUGUCUUAUUUCAGACUAGUGGAAAGAAAACAUCCAAAGUACACAUUAAGGUGUUUAUUUUACUACACUUUGUGUCUGUAGAUUUCUCCUAAAUUCACCCAAAGUUAACAUUAGAUAAUGUCUCAUUGACAUAUUUCAACAAAGCAUUUCAGAAAGGUUGUAAUACACAUAUAAUUGUCUUAUUGUCAGUAAUCAACUGGGAAAGUUUCAUGGUGAUAUCUGCUGGUUAAACUUUUUGAAAUGUAGUGUCAAAACAUAGUGAAUUUUACAAUCCAUAUUUUUAAAGGCUUUUUUCUCUCAGAUUCUGAGCCAGAAAUCUCCACUUCAGUGACAUCCACCAAACUUUCCAGUUUCAUUCCUCUCUAUAUUCUGAAGGUUUUUACAGAGGGUUUGUUCAGAUAUCAUUCAGAGCCUGAUAUACUGUAUAUAUAAAUAAUUUUAUCCCUGAAAACAUGGAGAAAAUGGAUCUUUUUUUGUCUGUUGACAGUAUUUUCUGAUUUAUGGAGUAAUACAAAGUGAUUUUUCCCUCAGUAAAAACCUUUGACUAUGUUUUGUCAUCAAAAUGAAAUGUUUGCAGAUUAGCACUAAUCUGA